GAUGCUGCGGGGCUGAUUAUUCACAGCUUCCCUCGCCCCGAUUGGCUCUGCCGCCGCGCACAGCCGGGCCCCGCCGCAGGAGGAGACUCCGUGGCCAUAAAAGCGGGGUGAGAGGCAGCCGCCGGCGAGUCCGGUGGACAACUCGGGCGGCACCGUGGGGCCACCCGCCGCUGUGGCCUUGCCACCGAUGACUGGCGCAGCCUGACGCCCGUGGAGGGACAUCCAUCAGCCACGACCCGUCCUGACUUGGCGAAGCAGGUGCUCGGCGGGACGGGGAGCAGCGGCAGGCAGAGGCUGCAGGGCGAGAUGGCACGACGGGCACUGGCACUGGCACUCUGCCUGUCCCUGUCUGCGGUGGCAUCUGCCGACUGUGUCACCCAGUGCUCCCUCUGCGCAGCCCAGACCCGCGGUGCCGAGAGCAGCGUCCAGCCCCUGAUGUGCCUGUGGGAAUGCCAGGGCUCCUCGUCACCCGGCCCUGAGUGGGAGAUGUGCAGGAAGGUGCUGGCGCUCCUGGCCCCGCUGGUGGCCCUGGCAGAAGGGACAGACCCGUCCCCACAGGAGGCAGAGGAGGAUGAGGCGCAGCCGGAGCAGGGUCUGGGCCCCGCAGAGCUGCCGCUGGCACCGGCCAAGCGCUACGGGGGCUUCAUGAAGAUGAUGUCCAAGGCGAAGCUGCUGUCCCUGCUCCGCGAGAACGCUCACAGCAAGGGUGGCCUCAGCAAGAAGUCCGGGGGCUUCAGCCGCAAGCCGGGGGAGCGAGCGGCCCCCGAGGACUCCCCGGGGCCGGCAGAGGACGGGGAUGAAGAGCCCACGGGUGCCGGGGCCGAGGGGCCAGAGCUGGCGCAGCUGCACAAGCGCUACGGGGGCUUCCUGCGCCGCAUCAGGCCCAAGCUCAAGUGGGACAAUCAGAAGCGCUACGGGGGCUUCCUGCGGAGGCAGUUCAAGGUGACCACACGGUCGGACGAGGACCCCAGCGCCUACUCAGGGGAGGUCUCAGACCUGUAGAGCCAGGCGUGGGACGGCAGCACCGCGGUCCCCACACUGCCACCCCGACUGUGCCAUCGCCCCCAGCCCUGCCCCUGCCCAGCCUGCUGUGGCUGGUGUCACUCUUGCCUCAUUCCCCUGAGGGGACCAUGAGUUCUGUCCCCAGCUGUCCCUCUCUGGUUCAUUCUGCCCAUCCUGUGCAUGGAGGGGGCAGUGCCACUCCUCUGGCUGCUGGCCCAGCCCAGGGUUCCCAGGGGUGUAUUGCUGGGGACACAUACCCAUCUAUAUCCUCCAUCCUCCCAUAGCUGCUGGAAAAACAGGGUCUGGAAACCAUCACAGCUGAGGUACAGUGCAGGGGGCUCCGAGCACUGGGAAUGAAGCAGGAUGAACCAGGAUCAGGGAGGUGGCUGCCAUGGCCAUGGGCAGAGGUGGCUGGUGGAGCCACAGCACCAUCACCAGGUGCUCAAGAAGUGCUGAGCCCAGCCCCCACUCCCCUCCCCGAGCCUCUCACAGUGUCCCACUAACCCCAGCACCCACCUGGUGCCCCUAGGCUCCCCCUCCAAGAGUGACUCUAGAGGCAGGGUCAGCCCCAUGCCCCAACACCCCACUCCCCCGCCGCAGUCAAUAAAAGGCAGAUGCCAACGAAGCUGAA